AUGGAUGUCGACAGGUUAAUGCGGGAUCUAACUGUUGAUCAGCUGGAAAACAUCCAGCAGAAUUUAGAGAAAGAAAUGGAAGGUAAACGGGAAAACCUUCGAGAAAUGGUCGGUCGUCGUUAUCGUGACGUUCUCGAAGCUUCAUCUGAAGUUCGUCAUGUCUGUUCUCUAGCGGAGAAGCUUGCUUCAGAUAUUGCUAACACGAGAAUCAGCUAUCAAUCUUCUCAUAUUCGAUCUGGAAGCAGGGAUGAGCAAAAAGCUGGAGAGCAUCUGUAUGCUAUUAACUAUUUGGUAUCAAGCAUCGGAAGUGACGGCGGAGAACCACUCGAUGAUGUGGUCGCGUUUUGUAUGGUUGAGCAUUUACUGAAACAACUGAUCAGCAAUCAUUCCUCAGCGAUGAUUCAUAAAAACGCGAGAGCUCUUACAAACCGAAUCGUGGCUACCCGAUCAGAACUUGAGCUCCAAAAUUCAUCAACUCUUGUAGAUAUUUCUCGAUCAGAUUGGGCUACUAACCAACUGGCAGCUAUUGCUUUACUUCAAGGAAAGGAUAUCGGGCAACUGCUCGAACUAUACCUUGAAAAGCGUUUUGAGUAUAUCAUCCGCCUCAUAGAAGAUUCUGCCACCAUCCUGAAUAUUGUCGAUGAAAUCAAAAAUACGCUUUCAGUAGUUGAAGAAUUGUUUGUUCACGGAGAAUUGAUUCAUGCAAUUCACUCAGUUUGUAACGGACAAUACAGAUGUGAACUUAUUCGUGAGAUGUGCGCUGAUCAGGCAUAUUCGUUCGAAAGAACAAUAAAUGAAGAUUUGGACCGAGUUUGGAGAUAUAUGAGAGAAAAACUCAGUGGAAGAGGUGCUGGAACUUUGCCAUCGCAAUUAGUCGGAGAAAAAUGUGCUGCCUGGAUUGAAAAAACAUGCGCUGUCACUCACAAAUUGGUGGCAGAAGUUUGUGAGUAUUUCGAUAACUUAGAUCAAGUAAUCGAUCUUCUCCAAGCAAUUACUGUAUCUUUGAAACAAGAUUGGCCUAGAAUUGGCUCUAGUCGAAGUGUGUAUGAUAAACUUUUACAGACAGCUGUCGUUGACAAAGCUAAGAUUCUUCUCAUACAAAUGAUUGAGUCCAUCGAGCUUUCUGCUAAAAAACGAUUCGAGUCAACGAGCGAUGGCCCUCCAACUGCUAUUUUUGAUGAACGAACAUAUAGACCUGAUUCGCAGUCACAUAUUGGAAUAUCUACACAACUUUACAAGUGUGUCAAGACAUUGUGGGAGUCUUUGGAGCAAAUGAAUGAAAAAUGUACUCAAUUCGAGUCAAUUUGUGCUCCAAUGGCUGAUACUGUUACGCCUAGUGCGAUGAAACAGACUAUGGCAGCCAAUGUUCUACAACUAUUGCUUCGUCUCUGUGAUCUCCAUUCGGAUAAACAGAAUGGAGCUGCUAGAUUUUUGGCCAGAGCACGGUUAGCUCUCGCAUUGGUUCAUUCGGACUCUUCGCUCAUCAGCACUCUUCUCGACAAGGACUCACAACGCAUUACUUCGCUUAAUCAAAGGCUCCGUUCUAUUAUUGAAAAAAAUCUCGAGUAA